GGUAGAAACGACCUCAAAGCGGUAAUUUUGUAACGUCGAGUCCACAGUUAAAGGCUGAUAAUGAGUUUGUAUGUGCUUCGCAAAACCCUUUUUAAAUGCUGUCUGAAAUACGCCAACAAAAAUGAAAUGUAUGAGCGAGGUUAUUGGCUACAAAUGUGCAGAUUCAAAACAUCUGUACCAAAAAACUUCUGCGAUUAUGAGAGCAUGAGACGGGAUUACAACAUUCAAAUUCCUCCGCAGUUUAACUUUGCCAAAGAUGUGCUCGAGCAGUGGGAAACAAAAGAAAAGAACGGACAGAGGUUGUCUCUGCCAGCUCUGUGGUGGGUGAAUGACAGCGGAGAAGAGGUCAAAUGGAGUUUUGAGGAGUUGGGCUUCCACUCAAGAAAACUUGCAAAUGUUCUGCAUCAGGUGUGCAGUUUGGAAAGAGGGGAUCGUGUGUUCCUCAUUUUACCCCGAGUCCCUGAGUGGUGGCUGGUUAAUGUAGCAUGUCUCAGAACAGGUACGGUUCUGAUCCCCGGCACCUCUCAGCUCACGGCUCGAGAUAUCCGCCACCGGCUGCAGUCGUCUGGGGCCAAGUGUGUAAUCACAGAUGAAACUUUGGCCCCACUGUUGGACACAGUGGCCUCAGAAUGCCCUUCCAUCUCCACCAAGCUUCUGCUGUCCCGCAGGGCCAUGCCUGGCUGGGGCAACCUGACAGAACUCAUGGGAAGAGUGUCAGAUGAUCAUGUUUGCGUGGACACCAGGAGUGAGGAGGCCAUGACUAUCUUCUUCACUAGUGGCACAACCGGCUCUCCAAAAAUGACCCAACAAAGCUACUGUAGUUACGGUCUUGGGCUCACGGUGAACGGCAGGUACUGGCUGGAUCUGACUGAGCAGGAUGUGUUUUGGAACACGUCAGACACGGGUUGGGCCAAGUCGGCGUGGAGCAGCGUGUUUGCUCCGUGGAUCCAGGGAGCAUGUGUGUUUGUUCACCACAUGCCACGCUUUGAGACAAGUAUAGUUCUCAAGACUUUGAGCAGCUAUCCCAUCACCACCUUCUGCACGGCACCAACAGCCUAUCGAAUGCUUGUACAGGACGACAUAUCCAGGUAUAAGUUCCAUGCUCUUGAGCACUGUCUGUGUGCAGGAGAGCCCAUUAACCCAGAGGUGAUGUGGAAAUGGAAAGAUCUCACUGGACUGGACAUCUAUGAAGGAUAUGGACAGACUGAGACUGUUUUAAUAGCUGGCACAUUCAAAGGCAUGAAGAUCAAACCAGGAUCUUUUGGAAAGGCUUCUCCAGGAUAUGAUGUUCAGGUGGUAGAUGAAGAUGGUUCUGUUGUGCCACAAGGACAAGAGGGAGACCUCGGCAUCAGAGUGAAACCAGACAGACCCUUCUCUCUUUUUACAGAGUAUACGGGGGAGCCGGAGCGCACGGCCGAAUGUUUCCGUGGUGAUUUCUACCUGACAGGUGACAGGGGAAUGAUGGAUGAAGAAGGAUACCUGUGGUUCAUUGGCAGAGCUGAUGAUGUCAUCCUGUCCGCAGGGUACCGCAUUGGUCCAUUUGAGGUGGAAAAUGCUCUGAUAGAGCAUCCAGCUGUAGCAGAAUCUGCUGUGGUCAGCAGCCCUGAUCCGGUUCGAGGAGAGGUGGUGAAGGCUUUUGUAGUGCUGACAGCAGAUUUUAAAUUUAGAGACCACAAGGAACUGAUCCAGGAACUGCAAACUCAUGUGAAGACUGUCACGGCUCCUUAUAAAUAUCCACGCAAGAUUGAGUUUGUGGAUCAUCUGCCCAAGACAGUAAGCGGGAAAAUAAGACGAGUGGAGUUAAGAAAGAAGGAAUGGGGACAGAAAACUAAAAGCUAAAACUGGAUAUGAGAAAACAAGUUUCUGUUCAGAUCACAUUCCUAUCUUUAUAUGUCAUAGUUCAGUCUGAUAAAUUGAUCUACAAACCUGUAGUCCUUCAGCUCGCCUGCAGGUAGCAGCAUUUCAUUACAAUC